UCCCAAAUCUCGCGAUUGUGCCAGAGCGAGGGCCUCUCCGAGGAGGUGUGCUUCAUGGCGGACACGGAGACUGCGGAUUUGUUGAAUUGUUGAAGAGUCCCCAUCAUUUCCCCCUCUGGGGCUUUUUUUCCCUCAGUGUGGUGGAGCCAACGCUCAGCGGCUUUGGGAGUUGCAGCGAUGACGAUGGAGAAUGGACAGGGCACAGGCUCUAAGCUUGGCCUGCCCCCGCUCACCCCGGAGCAGCAGGAGGCGCUGCAGCGGGCAAAGAAGUAUGCCAUGGAGCAGAGCAUUAAGAGUGUGUUGGUGAAGCAGACCAUUGCCCAUCAGCAGCAGCAGCUCACCAAUCUGCAGAUGGCAGCAGUGACUAUGGGCUUUGGAGAUCCUCUCUCACCUUUACAAUCGGUGGCAGCUCAGCGGCAGCGCGCUCUCGCCAUCAUGUGCCGGGUGUACGUAGGCUCCAUUUACUAUGAGCUGGGGGAGGACACCAUCAGACAGGCCUUUGCUCCCUUCGGCCCCAUCAAGAGCAUUGACAUGUCUUGGGACUCGGUGACAAUGAAGCACAAGGGCUUUGCCUUUGUGGAGUACGACGUGCCAGAGGCUGCCCAGCUGGCUCUGGAGCAGAUGAAUUCCGUCAUGUUGGGUGGGCGAAACAUUAAGGUUGGGCGGCCAAGUAACAUCGGUCAGGCGCAACCCAUCAUUGACCAGCUGGCAGAGGAAGCGCGCGCUUUUAACCGCAUCUACGUGGCCUCGGUGCACCCCGACCUGUCGGACGACGACAUCAAAAGUGUAUUUGAGGCUUUUGGGAGGAUCAAAUCGUGUACAUUAGCCCGAGACCCCACCUCCGGACGGCACAGAGGCUUCGGCUUCAUCGAGUACGAAAAGCCGCAGUCGGCCGUGGACGCUGUGUCUUCUAUGAACCUCUUUGAUCUGGGGGGUCAGUACCUGCGGGUGGGCAAGGCGGUCACUCCUCCCAUGCCCAUGCUCACCCCCACCACUCCCGGUGGCCUCCCACCGGCGGCGGCGGUGGCUGCAGCGGCGGCCACUGCCAAGAUUACGGCCCAGGCAAGUAUGAAUCCCUUCCACAGGGAUUUAAUGGCCUUCCAGGAGGCCGUAGCCGGCGCGUCAGUCCUGGGGGCGUUAGCUGCGCCUCAGCUCCUUAGUCAGCAAAUGGGAAUACCGCAGGCCGUCAUGGCUGCGCAGGCGCCCGGCGUCAUCACAGGAGUGACUCCAGUGCGUCCUCCCAUCCCGGUGCUCCCCCAGGUGGGCCUGGUGAACCCCGUGCUGGCGUCGCCGCCCGUUCUCUCCAGUCAGGUGCUGGCGGCAGCCGUUGCUGGCCAGCUGCAGGAGAAGAAGGAAGAGAAAGAAGAGGCGCUCCAGGACGGCACGGGCCAGGAGAUGCUGAGCGACCAGGAGCACAUGAGCAUAUCGGGCAGCAGCGCCAGACACAUGGUCAUGCAGAAGCUGCUUCGAAAGUCAGAGUCCACAGUAAUGGUCCUGCGCAACAUGGUGGGCCCGGAGGACAUAGAUGACGCCCUGGAGGGCGAGGUGACAGAAGAGUGCGGCAAGUUCGGCUCGGUCAACCGCGUCAUCAUCUACCAGGAGAAGCAGGGAGAGGAGGAGGACGCCGACAUCAUCGUCAAGAUCUUCGUGGAGUUCUCCAUGGCUUCGGAGAUGAACAAAGCCAUCCAGGCGCUCAACGACCGCUGGUUUGGCGGACGCAAGGUGGUCGCCGAGGUGUACGACCAAGACCGCUUCAACAGCAGCGAUCUGUCUGCGUGAACCGCUUCCACUCAGUCCCCUUGCCGGCUCUCUAAUUGUCUUGUCUCUUUUUUUCUAAGAAAGAAUAGUUGUUCGUCAAUGAUGAAAAUGAUGAGGUUGGCUCAGACCUGUGAUGACUCCGUGGUCCAGGUUUCCACAUUUUUUAAGGAAGAAUAGUUGUUUGUCAAUGAUUAAUUUGUUUGGCUCAGACCUGUGAUGACUCCGCCGUGGUCCAGGUUUCAACAUUUUUGUAACCAUACCCAUUAAAAAAAGAAAAACAGAUGAAUAGUUUUUUCUUUGGCUCAUUUACAUGUUUUUUCUUCGCAAAAUUAUUGGACCAUGUAAACACUGUUUGUUUUUACAAUUAAAGGUUAUUUGUCCACA